UCUCCUCUCUCUCUCUCUUUUUUUUUCCUCUCUCUCCCUCUAUCCCCCCCUCUCCCCCUCUCUCUCCUCUCUCCCGCACACGCACACCUCCGCCCGCAGCCCCCCGCAGCAGUCAUGUAUUCUCCGCUCUGUCUCACGCAGGAUGAAUUUCAUCCCUUCAUCGAAGCACUUCUGCCUCACGUCCGAGCGUUUGCGUACACAUGGUUCAACCUGCAAGCCCGAAAGAGAAAAUACUUCAAAAAACAUGAGAAACGCAUGUCAAAAGAGGAAGAGAGGGCCGUGAAGGACGAACUCUUAAGUGAAAAACCCGAGGUAAAGCAGAAAUGGGCGUCCAGACUUCUGGCAAAGCUUCGGAAAGAUAUCAGGCCUGAAUUUCGGGAGGAUUUUGUUCUCACAGUCACAGGAAAAAAGCCUCCGUGUUGCGUCCUUUCCAAUCCAGACCAGAAGGGCAAGAUGAGAAGAAUUGACUGCCUUCGCCAGGCAGAUAAGGUCUGGAGGUUGGACCUCGUUAUGGUGAUUUUAUUUAAAGGUAUUCCGCUCGAAAGUACUGAUGGCGAGCGCCUUGUAAAGUCCCCACAGUGCUCUAACCCCGGGCUGUGCGUACAGCCCCACCAUAUAGGAGUUUCUGUUAAGGAACUCGAUUUAUAUUUGGCAUACUUUGUGCACGCCGCAGAUUCAAGUCAAUCUGAAAGUCCCAGCCAGCCAAGUGAAGCUGAUAUUAAGGACCAGCCAGAAAAUGGACAUUUGGGCUUCCAGGACAGUUUUGUCACAUCAGGUGUUUUCAGUGUGACCGAGCUAGUAAGAGUCUCACAAACACCAAUAGCUGCAGGAACAGGCCCUAAUUUCUCCCUCUCAGAUUUGGAAAGUUCUUCAUACUACAGCAUGAGCCCAGGAGCAAUGAGGAGGUCUUUACCUAGCACAUCCUCUACCAGCUCUACAAAACGUAUCAAAUCUGUGGAGGAUGAGAUGGACAGUCCUGGUGAGGAGCCGUUCUAUACAAGCCAAGGGCGCUCUCCAGGAAGUGGCAGCCAGUCAAGUGGAUGGCAUGAAGUGGAGCCAGGAAGAGGAAACUCACUGGUCAAACCCUUGGACACCAGAAUAGUUGCAUGCAGUUUCCCAGGGAGCCAGAUAGCUCUAAAGCUUCCCAGAUAUCUAAGAAACCCCGAACACCGCGGAGCACUACAUGCUGCUCGGUGGAUGUAAAGGUGUCGGGCAGAACUCACAAGCAGCUCCUCUAGAAGUGAAGCCAAAGCCGCCCUGCUGUACCUUUGCCUCCUCGGCCACAGGAACAUUCCAGUUUUUUCCAGGGGGAUUCCUUGUUACCCCCAGAAUCCCAAAGCCAUUGGAAAUGUGGGAAAAAAAAUGAGGCUGAUUUUGCCUCUCUGAUAUCACCUGUAUGAGAACUGAUGUGUUGGGAAACCGUUAAGUUUGUGCUGAGUGGGAGCUGCCGAGUCUUGCUGGGGAGUUGCUGGUGGUGGCCCUGCAGUGCCGUUGGAGGAGGCACAUGCCAACAUACAUCAGCUAUGGGCACUUCCCAGUGAAAGCACAGCAGCUCUACAUCAGCUCCAAAUGAAUUGUUGUGUUAUGGAGAAAUGAGAUGACUGUUCAGCCCUGUGACUGUCAAACCUGGGCAGUCAUAUCAUAAAAACACCCAAAGGCACUGCGUAGCAAUACAUAAUAGUUCCAUGAGUACACUCUUGACCUGUCAAAUUGUAACUCCAUUUCAGCUUGGUGUGAUACAUGAAUUCAGUUUGCAACUAUUUCAUUCUUUGGAAUAGUGUGUAGACUCUUCACCUUAAAUUGUGUAGAGAUCAGGUGACUUUACAGUGCAUGUUAAGUUAUCUGAGUUAUUUUCAAUCCUGUCCACAGUCCUUUUAUUAAUUGAAACAUAUGUUCAGUGGCUGUGUGUACCGAUUAAGUUCAAAACCAAUAUUAGCACCAAACUUAGUCUUGUCAUCAUAAAAGUCAUUUCAAAACAUUACCAUGCAGUAACUGAGGUCACAAGUCUGAAAAAUCCACAUAUUUGCCCAUCUCCAUCUCAUGCCUUUGGCAUUUAGUAGCCAUCGUGGUUAUGUAUAGCCUGGAUAGAUAGAUGAUCUUUUGAUGGCAUGCAAACAUUGAGCAAAGGAUUUUGGAGGGGAAAAAAAUAAAAUUUGACUCGAUCCUCUUCAGUUAGUAAAAUUCCCUUUAACAUCACUUGCAAUUUAGAAUCCAUAUGCAUCUCAGGAAGAUAUAGUUGAAACAUAAAUCUAUUCUGGGUCUUUUACUUGCAAAAAUAUCAUACCUCAGCUAUAAUCAUAUGCAAAGACUUUUUAGAGGGCUUUGUAAAUGCCAUCCAAAUUUACGAUGGAAUUUUUUUGCCUAACAGCUAUAGAUGUUCCAUCCCCAAAGCACCCACAUAAAGGUGUAUUCUCCUAUGGAUGGCUGCAGUUUGUCCCCGCUGUUAUAUCUAAUCUGCCAAGUACGCUGAAAAAGUCUCAAACAGCAUUUGAAAUGAAACAAAUGGAAUCAUGAAUUUUAAAUGACAUCAUGAAGUUUAAGGACGUCAUUAGAAAACAGUUUUUGUUCUUAUUAAAAUAUGUAUUUACAAAAUGGAAAAUGACAUGGGGACGUGAUGGAAGUUACAGGGAGAAGCAAACUGUGAUCUUGCUGUUUGAUAUGCUUCUCACUAAAAUUCUCCAAUUUAAAAUUCCAAUGAGGUGAUAUUUUGAAGACGUUGGUCAAACGUUUGGUACCAAUUUAUUAGCUAUUGAAAGAGUUCCUUGGAUGACAAGACAGGGAUGGAGGCUCACUUACAGCACUGAAAACAAUCCAGAUGAUGCUGUAAACACAGAUACAGACAGAUAAGAUAUACACUCUAUGGGAACACUGCACCAAAAUGCUUAGCGUAGAUUUUAAUGGGGUAGAGGUUUAAAAUAAUGAAUGUUGCAUUGUGCAGUUUCACAUCCUGUAGACAGGAUUUAUCACAGGUAAAACUGAUACUUCUCCUUUGUAAAUGGAGGAGUACUCAUUUACAAAGUAGAAAUAUCACCCUUCUUUAUCUUAAGUGGCAUCAGAAUCCUGAUUCUAACUUGAAUGAUCAUUUUUGGCUAAAAAUUGCUGAGGAAUCCAAAAGCGUUUAAAGCCUAAAGCCAUUGAAUCCAUUUAAUGCGCCUUUGGCACCUCUCUCUCUCAGUCCUUUUUGAACAUUCUGGUCCUCAUUUUAAUCAAUCUCUUUUUAUUAAGUUCUUUGGCUCAUUUACUUGUACGUGCAUUUGCUUUAUUUUAUUUGGAACAUUUCUUUUGUAGCGUCUUGAAAAAGAGUUGUGACAUUUCUUUUGGAUAGCUUCUUAAGUAUCUGGCAGUCACCUAUGAUACGAUGUUGAUGGGUAUGGAUAGAUUAGCUCUGUUUUCCUGAUAUCUGUCAGAUGUCGAGUUCUGAGGAAACUGGUUGUGUGUGUUGCUGAUGCAUAUGCAGUAGUUGGAUAAGUGGAUAGAUGGGAGCUUUCAUUUUACUUCUGUGCAGUCGUUGUUCAUUAAGCUGGGUUUUGCUUUGUGAAGUGAGGUGCUCGCUGGCAGGUAGUUGAUCAGUGAUCGUGGUAACUCAGAGUGUGACCAGAGGAGCAAGCAGACGUUCAAAACAUAGAAACUAAAGAGCACUUUAUUAGAAUGAGGGAAUUUCUAUUAGCACUGUAUUUUGCACAUACAGGAGCAACUAAGAGAGUAAACUGAUGGAUGGCAGCUAGUGUGAUUGUAGCUCAGCUGAAGGCAAAUAAAGCUCGUUCAGCAAUAAGUAGAACAGAUUUGCUAUGACUGAUAGCAUAGCCAUCCAAAGUUCAAGAAACUUGAAAUUAAGACUUCCCCAGGAAAAAUAAAAGCAGCCAAUCACCGUUUCUAUUGAUACUU